ACGGCGGACGGUACGCGAUUUGAAAAGAACAACCGGAAUCCGCGGGUUGGUUUCGAAGUGGCGAGAUAACGCGAGUCGGGGGCAGAAACGGUGAUAAAAAAUCGAUGCGAGGAUCCGGGUGCCGGUGGUACCAGUGAGAUGUUCACGCGGUACGACGCGUCGCGUACUUCGAUAUCCGGUGGUUGUUGGUGUUGCUGAUCGUGUAUUAAUAUUGAAACAACCUUUUUGUGUCCUUUGGUUAUGGGUGAUUAGGAUACGGCCUGAUAAGCGGUCGACAACAAAACUCCAAAAAGAGAUAACCAAUUUGGGGUCCGGCGCUUAAAUGAGUCGAACGUGUUUUAAUUUACGCACCGCAACACUUACGACAUAAUUAUUUAGGAUUAAAAUACUGAUACUCCGCUCAUAAUGGACGCAAACCCGGGACCGAAUAAUGGACCAGACCAAAUUUUGGAAGCUGAAAGUACCACAACAACAGAUAUCACAUCCAGAGUAAAAUUACGAAUUCCAGAAAAUGGCAAGGCCAUUGAAACAACUCCUCCGGUCUCAGUUCCCGGUCUCUUACAUAGAGCCGCCAAGAAGUACGGCGACAACGUUGCUCUUGCAUACAAAGAACAAAACAAAUGGAACACUAUUACAUAUACAGAAUAUCUUAAACAAGUGAGAACAUGUGCCAAGGCGUUUCUGCACCUAGGUUUAGAGAGAAGCCAUUCAGUUUGUAUUAUAGGAUUUAAUAGUCCCGAGUGGUUUAUAUCAGACCUGGCAGCUAUAUUUGCAGGUGGAAUUGCUACGGGUAUUUACACAACUAACUCCAGUGAAGCGUGCUUCCAUUGUGCCAACACCAGUAAUGCCAAUAUUAUCGUUUGUGAAGAUGAAAAGCAAUUGGAGAAGAUCCUUGCCAUUAAAUCCAGAUUGCCCCAACUGAAAGCUAUAAUACAAUAUGUCGGUGAACCAAAGGCUGAAGGUGUUUUGAGUUGGAAGCAAGUCAUGGAAAUUGGUGAAAAGGAAGACGAUCAAAGGUUGGAUGAGGUGCUAAAAACAGUCGCCGUCAACGAAUGUUGUACCCUCGUGUACACGUCAGGUACAGUGGGAAAUCCUAAGGGUGCCAUGUUGAGUCACGACAACCUGACGUGGGACGCGUUGGCGAUUUCCGAAAGGGUAGACAUGCACGAAGGCAAGGAGGUCAUCGUCAGCUUUCUUCCUUUAAGCCACGUGGCAGCUCAGGUUGUGGACAUAUAUCUUACGAUGACCAUGGGAGCAGCCGUCUAUUUCGCCGACAAAAAUGCUCUGAGAGGCAGCUUAGUGAACACCCUCCAAGAAGUACAACCCACCAAGUUCCUGGCUGUGCCCAGAGUUUACGAGAAGAUUUACGAAAAGAUGCAGCAAAUUGCGGCUCAGAAUGGAUACCUCAAAAAAACUAUUGCUGGUUGGGCUAAGCGUCAAGCUCUGGAGUACCAUUUGGGAAGACUUAAUGGUGCGCAGGCGCCCGGCUGGGGUUACUCCAUAGCCUCCAACUUAAUAUUUAAAAAAAUUAAACAGGCUUUAGGCUUAAGCAGAUGUACUUAUUGCGUGUCGGCAGCUGCCCCCCUAUCGGCUGAUAUCAAGAAGUAUUUCCUCAGCAUAGAUCUGCCAAUCAGCGAGUGCUUCGGCAUGUCGGAAGCCAGCGGGGCACACACCAUUUGCACCGAAUCCGAAUGGAAUUUGGAGACCAUCGGCAAAACAAUCCCCGGCAUGAAAUCCAAGAUCGCCAAUCCUGAGGUCAGUGGCCAAGGGGAACUGUGCAUGUACGGCAGGCACGUCUUCAUGGGCUACUUGAACGAAAGAGCCAAAACUGAGGAAGCUUUGGAUGAAGACGGUUGGUUCCAUACCGGUGAUCUUGGAAGAAUAGAUGAAAAUGGAUUCGUUUACAUCACUGGCAGGCUCAAGGAGCUGCUCAUCACCGCCGGAGGUGAGAACAUAGCACCUGUGCCCAUUGAACAAAUGGUCCAGGGUGAGCUCCCGCACAUCAGCAACGCGUUCCUAAUCGGCGACAAACGGAAGUUCCUGUCUGUUCUGUUGACUUUCAAGACCGACGUCGACUCCGAAACUGGAAAGCCUUUGGAUACCUUGUUGCCCACCGUGCAAGAAUGGCUGAAAAGCUUAGGAUGUCCGGCCAAGACAGUGAGUGAGAUCCUUCAGGCUGGCCCAGACUCUCGCCUCUUGGACGCACUGAAGGAAGGCAUCGACAGAGUGAACCUUCAAGCUGUCUCCAACGCCCAACGUAUCCAGAAAUUGUCCAUCUUACCGGCGGACUUUUCAAUUCCCACAGGCGAAUUAGGUCCAACCAUGAAAGUUAAAAGGCGAAUAGUGGAAGAAAAGUAUUCUGCAAUCAUAGAAAAAAUGUAUGAGUAAAAUCACCACAAAAAAGUUAUGCUCAUUAUAUAAUGUUAGAGGACGUAAUCAGGGGGAAAUACUCUAAUGAUAUAAAAUUAUUUUUUUACUUAAAAGUUAUGUGCAAAUAUGUAUACAUAUGUAUAUUAUAUUAUUUUACAAAGUAA